GAUCUCCCCCUCCAACAUAAACAUAAAUAUUUAUUCACACCCGCUUUGAUGCUCUGGCUCCAUUCGUAUUCGAUGACUACUCGAGCAUAAACAAGAAGAUAAUAUCAGCAAUCCAAAACCAAUCUCCACAAUCGACAGUUCCGGCCGGCGUUUAGUACAGCUGCUUCCAGCCGACUCAAAACAACUAGCGAGGGAAACGGAAUCUCAAAAGUCGUCAAAAUCACUUCAUCACCGAUCUUCAUCACUUGGCUCUGAGAAGGUUCCCAUCAGGAAGGUUUCAAAUAUCACUAGAUCUGGCGAAAAAAUCACUGUUGGAUGUCCAGAACGGCCAAGCUAACGCUCCUCUUGACUUCAUCAAUCACCGGGCUUACUGUCUGGGGGGUCCAUUUCUUGCAAACAUCGGAAAGAGAUGCGAUGUAUCAAGGGGUCAUCAGGGAUGAGGAGCGAAUCAAAGUCAGACUCGCCCAAUUAGCCCGAGAAGCAGAAUUCGAAGAACAGAAAGUCAGACGGGAAUACCUUGAACAUGUUCAACCGAUCUCCAAUCCAAGCGGCCCCAAACCAGAAAAACCCAAGAUCACCUCAAAUAAUGAUGGUCAAAUACCAUCACCAGUCAAGCUCGAAGGUUGUAAAACAUGUUAAUUACCAGCCAUCAAGAUAGAAAGGACUACAUAAUCAUCAGAACGAACAAACUGAUUCCACAGAAACGUUCGGUGCACAACUCAGCACAAGCAAAUCGUCGCCCCUCUCCCAAGCUUCGUAUUAUUUUCAUCCCAACAGUCAUUCUUUAUUAUUAGCAUCAUAGAAGAUGAGCCGUCCGAUUCUUAUUUACUUGCGAAACCCCUUUUGUUUCCAAUCGCGUUUCUGAGAGCCAAGCUGUUACCUUACUUAUUAUUGUUAUUUAAUCAUAUAUCAUAUGACAUUCCAAACGUAUUUUGAAAUAGUGACAUUUCCACCUCUAAUGAAAACUCCAAGGAUGAAUCAUUGAAAUUGGAUCGUGCAAGCGAAAUCUCGUGCAAGCCAUCUGUACCCAUCUUCCUGAUGUGCAUGUUC